AACUAAUCUGUCUUUGUUUAUUACCAUAGAGUGUUUCAAAAACCUCCUAUUCAUGGGAGGCUAUAAUUAACUGUAAAUUAUAAAUACUUCGAAAAUUCGUGUAGACUGACCAUAGUCCACGAAUUUUCAGUAUUUUCAGAACAUAUAUUUUUAAAAUAUAAUUCUUAAUAUUGUUAUAAAAAAGAAGUUAACUUUUGUUGACCACACCCUUAUAUUUAUUUGUUUAUGAUUUUAAAUAUUCAGCUGAGAAAUGACGGAUGUUCAUAACUUGGGAUUAGACAUUAUUACUUGUCACGCUUGGAGUAAAGAUCAAACAGAAGUAGCAGUAUGUCCAAAUAGCAAUGAAGUCCAUGUUUAUAAACAAUUGAACUCAGGUUGGAAAUCAACUCAAAUAUUGGAGGCUCACCACAUGAAUGUUAUGUGCCUUGAUUGGGCUCCUAAAACUAAUCGAAUAGUAACAUGUGGAGCUGACAAAGAUGCUUAUGUUUGGAACCAAGAUGAAAGUGGAAAAUGGAUACCAGCAUGGGUUAUUUUGAGAAUGAACCGUGCAGCCGUUUGCGUAAAAUGGUCUCCAUUAGAGAAUAAAUUUGCGGUUGGUUCAGGAGACAGAAUGAUAGCUGUCAGUUAUUUUGUUUCGGGUAAUAAUUGGUGGCUUUCAAAGCAUAUAAAACGACCGAUUCGAUCAACUGUAACAGCAAUUGAUUGGCACCCAGAUAAUAAAGUAAUUGCGUCAGGCUCAACUGACUUUAAAGUGCGAGUAUUUGGUGCUUAUAUUAAGGAAAUGGAAGAUGCACCGAGUUCUGGGCCAUGGGGAGCUGAAUCACCAUUGGGUACUUUACUUGCUGAAUUUCCCAAUUCAACAAAUGGUGGUGGUUGGGUUCAUUCAGUUGCAUUUAGCCCAACAGGCAACAAACUUUGUUGGGUUGCUCAUAAUUCAUCUAUUUGUGUCGCUGAUGCAACCAAAGGCAAUGCUGUUAUGAGACUUUACACUGAGCAUUUACCCUUUUUAAGUUGUGUUUGGAUUGGACCCAAUUUGAUUGUUGCAGCAGGGCACAGCUGCAUGCCGAUGCUUUACUCAUUCGACUUAAAUGGCCAGCUAUACUUUGUGUCGAAAUUAGACAAUUCACAGAAAAAAGAAGCCGCUGGUAUAUCCGCUAUGAGGAAAUUUCAAUCACUCGACCGACAAGCUAGAACAGAAACCAAUGAUAGUGCACUUGACAGCAUCCAUCAAAAUACAAUAACAUGUGUCCGUAGAGUUUCUUCGAGCCAGUUUAGUACUAGUGGCUUAGAUGGUCAACUAGUAGUUUGGGACUUGAAGGUCCUCGAAAACGCCAUGGCUGGUUUGAAGAUUAUUUAAUUCGUUAAGUUUUUUACAUGAUUGUACAUCAUUUACAACGAUAUAUUAUUAUUGAAAUAAAUACAAGAUGA